AUGGACAAGCCACGCCGUAAGGAGGCAAGACAGACCCAGUGUUUUUACAGUCGGUUAGAUGCCAAAACACGAAUCUCUGAAGUGGUUCACAGUGACGUGUCACCAAGGCGAUCUAUGAAAAGGCUAUUGUCAGAAGAAGCCAUCUCUGAAUCAACGGGUACCCAUGGCUGCUGCUCGGCCAUUUCACCAGUAUCCAGUAUUCGACCAAAAUCCACUGGCGUCCUAGCAGAUGAUUACACCAUGGAAACAGUAAGCAGUCAUGGGGUACGAGCUCUCAGAAGUCCCGCUCGCACCAGUGUAGGCUAUGUUGGCAAGUCUCGUCGCCAGAAUAGCUUCCGGGUCUCCAGGGAGACUUGGCGGUUGUCGGCAUCGCCUUCUCAGCAGCUAAAACCCGGCGUGCCUCAAUGUGCAAUCGAACACUCUGGGGUUCCAAUGGUUGAGAUCACCAAGACCAGGCAAGGAGAGGAAUCACAGUUAGCUCAAGGCUUUGUGACACGUCCAGAAUUGCCAAGACCACAUUCAACACCAAUUGCUGUGCACAAUCAAAAUCCUGGUGGAAUUCAGAAGGUUUCACACAGCACGCAAGUGCAAGCGCACGCAUUACGGCAAACAAGAGAUGGCGAACUAGUAAACCAAAAUGUGGGGAUAGUGGAGGCAGAGGCAGUCUCCCAGGACACGGAGCCUCAUAAAAUGUUUAGGCAACUAGAUACCCACACCAUCACCGAGGAGCAACUGAUCAAUGAAGUGCGGGGAAUAUAUACAGGACUUGUCCUAGUGGAGAAGAAGUGCAUUGAAAUCGACAGGCAACAAGCACAAUCAAAGACCGAAUUAUCACAGGCUCAGUGGCAAACUCUUGUCACGCUACACCGGACACUACUUUACGAACACCAUGACUUCUUUCUCGCCUCCCAACACCCGUCAGCUGGUCCUGUUCUCAAAGACCUGGCUGAGAAGUACGCAAUGCCGGCCCGUAUGUGGCGCUAUGGAGUGCAUUCAUUCUUGGAGUUACUGCGUCAGAAACUCCGUGACUCGAUGGAAUAUAUGCUCGACUUCAUCUAUCUCUCGUACUCGAUGAUAACCUUGCUGUUGGAAAGCGUGCCACGUUUCAGAGAAACAUGGAUUGAAUGCCUAGGUGACUUAGCACGGUACCGCAUGGCGGUGGAAGAAUUUGAUAAGAAAGAUCGCGAACUCUGGGCAGGGGUGUCAAGGUAUUGGUAUAAUCAGGACGCAGACCAAAGCCCAGAAAAUGGCCGGAUCCAGCAUCAUCUUGCUGUUUUAGCUCGCCCAGACGUUCUUCAGCAGUUUUUUCACUACACAAAAGCAUUGAUCAGCGUGCACGCAUUCCCAAAUGCUCUGGAUAGCAUGACACAGCUAGUCACUCCGCUGAUGAAUAUACCGGCUCCGAACCGAGGUUUGAUUGAGUCUUUUGUGACCACUCACGGUGCGCUUUUUAUGCAAGCUCCGGUUGAGGAGUUUGUUUCUCGGGCGAAUUUGUUUCUUGCUACUCUGCGUAAGGAAAUUAGCCGGGUAGGCCGGCAAGGGCAGCAGGGCGUUCAACUUGCAUCCUGCAAUAUCGCAGCGAUAUUUCAAUAUGGGAGCAAAGAUGGGGUGAUAGAAAAAGAUUUCACAUUGAAGUUAUGCAAUCCUACAGCAGAAGAUCGCCUAAGGGCAAUGGAAUGGGCGUCCAGUGCAUCUAGUGCACCCACCUAUGCCAAAUACAGCGAUGUCUCAUCGCAGCUUGCAUUCCGUGCAAGCUCUCUUGCGUUUCACACAUUAAUUGUCAUGCUCGGUCAAUUGGGCGAUCAAAACAUAUAUCCGAGUGUGCAUAUCUCUAUGGCAUUUGUGUGGUGUCUCACGCUUAACCCAGCAGCUAUACAACGACUAGAGCCGUUGGUUCCGUGGUCGCUACUUGCAAAUUAUUUGAACACAUUGUUCCGUCCAGACACAAUCAUUUCGAAGAUCGAAGACGAAUCAUUCCCGCUUCUUGAAGACUCAACUACACGACAGCUACCGGAGGACUUUUUGAUCAGAGGACAGGCAUGGAGUCGGCUUUACUACCCAGAAAGAUUUUUCGAAGGGGCCCCUAUAGAAGACAACAGACCACAAAUAGAAGAAUCUUCGACAGUGAUUCCUAGAAGACAUCGGUGUCUUUGGCUUGGAGUGCGGAUUGCAACUUACACUCGCUGGAUGACCUACGACCAGACGCACCGGUUUACACCCACUCUAUUAGCAGAUGAGUUUGCGCCAAUGGCAGAAUCUCCUGCUUACCUCUAUGGCAAUCCUUACUCACUAGAAACUGAGACUUCAUCUAUCGACCAGGAGAUGCAAGAAGUUUGA